AUGUCUCUAAAUACAACGAUACCAUAUUAUCGUAAUACAUCAAGAGAGAUCAAAACUGUCAAAGAAAUGAUACAAGCUGAAGCAAUUAAAAGUGCAAGGAUAUUGAGCAGAGACAAAGUUAAAGUUAAAUAAAAUACAUCGAUUGGAGAUUGUAAAAUUAUAUGCUUAAUCAUAAGUGAAUAGAAGUAAAAGGAAAACAAAUAAUUCAUUUUAUGAAAAUAGAAAUACUUCUUAGAAUGAAAAUACAAAUAUACUGCAAAGUUAUUUAGCAAAUGCAUUCUAAGAGAAAAAAGAGAAUUUAUAAAGAAUUUAGAUGCAAGAGAUUGCAAUUAAAAAUAAGUUAGAAGAAAAUAAGCAAAAAGAGAUUAAAUAUUAAAUGAGAAUUGCUGCAUUAGAAAAGGAAUCAUCUAAAUUAACUGAAUUGGUAUCAAAGUUAAAGAAAGAGAAUCAAUUAUUAAAACAAUCAAGCUAUAAAGAUUCAUAAUUAUAAUAAUUUUAUGAUGCAUUAAAUUAAUCAAGAAAUGAAAAUUAGUUACUAAAAAAAUAAAUAACUCACUUUUAAAAUAUACAUAAUAAUAAUUUUAAUAAUGGUAUUCAAAAAAAAACCGAAGUUUAAAAAGGUUUCGUAUUGAAUACAACAUAUACAGCUAACACUGCUAAUACAACAAAUAAUACUUUUAAUGAUAAUCUUAAAUCUAAAGAGUAUAUACCGAGUUAUUUACUUGCUUUAAGUUUAGCUGAAUGA